UAUAAACAACGAAGGAACGGCCAGGCAAGAUCAACGUUCUGAGAACUUUAAUUUAACAUGGAAGAAUUCAAAGCUAAAACGAGUAAAGUAAGGCACGAAAUUGACCAAGCGGAGGAACGGGAAAAAUCCGCCAUUAAAAAGCUGGCGUUCGCGAAUUACGAAGCGGACGAAAAGGAGAAAGAAGUGGACGCCCUGAAGAGACGAAUACGGCUGCUAGAAGGAAAAUUAGAUGCCGUCCAAGAUCGCAUUUUCGACAAAGAGAAAGCCUAUCGCGAAGAGCUUGCUAGAAAUGAGCGAGAAAACAGGCAGAUCAAGAUGUUGAAUGAAGUGGAAGACGAGGAUGAGCGAAAAAUGGAGAAGCUCGAAGCUGCCAUUAAACAAUACGAAAAGUCAGCCGAUUAUAGCGAGAACAAGUGCGCGGAAUGCUGGAGAAGACUGCAGACUGUGACUCGGGAGACAGAGCGAUUUAGGGUCCGUUUAAGAGAAGCCGCGGAGAAACGCAACGAGCUGGAGGAGCAGAACAGGUUCGUGGGUAGAAAUCUACGGAAAUUAGCAAUUUCCGAAGAAAAGCGAGGUGACCGCGAAGACGCGUGCGAAAAUAAAAUUCGAGAGCUCUGGCAGCGAAGGCGGGAUGAAGAAAUUCGCUGUGAAGCAGCGGAUAGGACAAUUGGAAGGCUUGAAGGCCAAAUCUGCGACUUGAAGGACAAGAUUUACGACGAACAACAGAAGAUUUACGAAGUGAAAUCAACGAUGGAUGAGGCUAUGAACGGUUUGGGUCGUUUCUGAGGUAUCCAGCGAAUUAUUUAUCAUAUACACUAGAGCAGAAAAAAAGUCAAUAGGGUAAACACAAUCGAUGUGAAACAAACGUUUGACGAUUUAGUUACAAAUCUCGCUUUAAGCUAUUUUGAUCUACGAAAAUGUCGAAUCAGCCGAGGUCAGUCACAGAAAAUGAAACUGUUUUGUUAAGGCCAGUUUGUUGGAGUUUCAUUUUGAUUGAGAAAUGAAAUCUCUUGAGCGAAUGGACGUGAAUUUGCAGGGAAAUCCUCUCCGCCUCAUUCAAUGACAUUAAUAUUUACUGCCUCGUGUAGGAAUAACCACAAGAUAUUAAACAUUGUUAUACUGUUGCUGGGCAUAUAUACAGCAGUUUUUAUUUAGCCGUCAUAAAUUGUCUCCUUUCUUAGCUUAGUUGUUACGAGUACACGCAUUUAGGGUGAGGUGAAAAUAAAAAUUCAUAUUUUUGAAUUUUCAUCAAAACAAUAACCCGAGGACGCUUUGUGUUUGCUUUUAUACAGAAAUGCAAAUCUGUCUGUCCCAACACGUGUAUCGCUUAACAAUAAAAUCAAUAAGUGCUUGACGUCACGGAUUUAUUUGUCUUAUACAAUUUCAAUUGACCAUAUUUUAAACGCUUUUCCAAACUUAAUGAAAAUAUUUUUUCAGUAGACAGUCAAUACAAGCAAUUUACUUUUUAAUGAGGCUUUCCAGGAUUUUAGCCCCGCGUCUUUACAAGAAUUGAAAUUUACUGUAUAAAAUACAUUACCAUGGAAAUUAAUUUUCAAUAUGCAUGAAUUAUUCUAGAUCCUAUCAGCAUGGUAGAUUUUCUGUCCGCUAGUCUCAUUCUUCUGAUUGAAUUUUCUAUCGGAUUUGGCGCUUUCAUAUCAAUUAUUGGCCCGAUUCCGUUAAUGAGUACACUUGUACUCUCACAGUUCCUCUCUAUGUAUAAAUGAAAACUAACGAAUAAACUGCUAGCUAGGUGGCGGCAAGAGGGUGGGGGUGGUAACCCUGCAAUGGAAUAUCAGUCCAUCGGAAGUUGGGGGCGAGGGGUGGGUUAGAAACAUUCCUAGUCGCAACAAGCUACGGAAACCGGAGAUAAGCUUCAGGCCCCAUUGGUCACUACGUUGACCUUAUAGGGUCGAAGUUCUAUAAUAUCAAUCAAGUUAGUUUUGUUCAUAGAGAAACUCAAUUAAUUAAUCAGCAAGUUCUUAAUCAAGCAACCUAUUUUCUAGUUUUACUGCGCAUGUUGGUUUGCUUAUUCCAGCUGACCAUUAAACAUGCCUGUACCGUGAUCUCGCUCUCCACACAGUGUUAAUCUUAAUCGAGACAUUUUUAAUUUGUAGCAUUUCGCUUAUGAACGCUAUCUCGGCAAAUAAAGCAGGGAUUACGCAGAGACUUCUAGAAAGAACAACACGAUAAAUGAAAGAAAUUAACCCUGAAAAAUAGAUACAGAUAAGCCCGGGAGAUAAGCCCAUCAGACUCGGGUUUCAAAUGCAGCUUUACAUAGACAUAUGACUUUAAAAGACCUCUUCAAUUAUACGAGACGAAAAAGUAGAGCCACACCCGCAGAAAGGAAGUAAAAUAUUUAUGGUAGACUGGCACAACGUGUAACAUUUAAUUUAUCAUUGAGAUUCAUCUGGUGUGUUGCCAGCGCCCAUUGUUCUUUUGACAGCGUCCAUUGUUUAAUCUUGCCAGCUUUAUUUGAGAAGA